GACGAACUGUAGAGAAAACCAAAGCCAUCUACCAAAUAUCUCCACGGUCUGAGCAAGUGCAAAAACUAGGAUGGGUGCUCUUGCUCUUGCUCCUCCCCUGCGCAAUCCUAGUGGAUGAGUUGACAAAGUUACCAGAAAGAAAAAAUAGAGGAUCCAUGAAAAUGGUUCUUCUCUCUCCUUCUCCUUUUCUCUUCACAACCAACCACCCUUUUCUUCUACACCACCUCUGUUUCAGAAACCAGACCAGAACUACGCUCGACCACAAGAAAUGUAGAAUACGCGAGAAACUACAGAUUUGUGCGUGUGAUACUUUUGAAUCCAUUACGGAAAAUGGGUUCUCCAGACGAGAUUUGGUGCUCUUCGGCCUCUCUUAUUCAUUAUCUUUAGUUUUCCCGUCUUUAGGUUCUCAUGCAGACAAGGAGUUGAAAAUGGUUUCACUGGUCGAUGAUAUAAAUGUUUAUUCUUAUUUGUACCCAGUUGAGUUGCCAUCUAAAAAGUUCCUCUUCAAAUGGGUGGAAUCUAGGAAGCUAGAACGCUAUUCAUCAGCUGCACCACUAUCUCCUGAUGCCCGCCUACGCAUUGUGUCAGAGCGUUUUGACAUUAUUGAUAACCUCAUCAUAUCUGUCUCGAUAGGUCCCCCAAAUUCACAGUUUAUAAAAACAAAGGACAAGAGGACAUGGACUGUAAAAGACGUUGCUGACUCUGUUUUGUCAGACAAGUCUACCUUGAUUGAUGGGGAGCCAUACUGGUACUAUGAGUACCUUGUUCGCAAAUCGCCUACCAAAAUUGCUCAAGAACCAAAUCUUUAUCGACGUUAUGUUGCAUCAACAGCUGAACGAGAUGGUUAUUUGUAUUCUCUAAAUGCUUCAACCCUUAGCAAGCAGUGGAAUAAGAUGGGGCCUUUCUUGGAGAAAACAAUGGCAUCUUUUCGCCUUAAUCCUCCCACAGAAAACUAUGUACCUCCUUACAAGGAUCCGUGGAGAUUUUGGUGAACUAUUUUAUAAUUUGGAUUGAUAUAAACUUUUGAUCAUUGAUAUUUGGUUGAUGUUCAUUUUUUUGUCACUUUAAUUUAUGGUCUCCAAAUUUUGUUUCUAAA